GAGCGCUGCAGUCCAGUGCCCAUCUCGGGUAUGGACAGUGUACACCCGGCAUCUGAGUUCUGUUCCAUUACGAAGCCCUGGCACGAUCCCCUAUACCUAUCACUCCCCUGGAUUACAUACUCCUCUGGUCUGCCUUCUCCUUUCUUGUCUUAGCCACCGCUUCCAAGUCCGCUCCCCUUGCACUCUAUAUAACCCCCUCCUCCACUCCGUUCCGUCGACUCUUGUCCCUCUCUCUUUCUCCCGCCGACGACCAUGAGUCAACUGUCCACAGCUCAGGACCCUCAAAAUACGAUCUGGUGGUCUAAUGGCAUCUUCUUCGUCUCUGUACAUUUAGCUGCCCUCGUUGGCGUGUAUUAUCAUCCUUGGUAUUCUGUCCACCGCGCCAGUCUCUUUCUCUGUUUCCUCCUCUGGCAGUCUGCAUGUUUUGGUAUAACUAUUGGAUAUCAUCGGAUGUAUUCUCAUAGAGCGUUCCGCGCGUCGUUGCCUGUUCGUGUUGUGCUUGCAUUCUUAGGAGCUAGCGCUUUUCAGGGUUCUAUCAAGUGGUGGUGUCUCCGACAUAGGUUGCAUCACCGUUUCACCGAUGACCCAGUUCACGACCCAUACUGCGCGACGCGUGGAUUACUAUGGUCGCACAUGGGUUGGAUCUUCUUCAAGCCAAAGUAUGAAAGGAUGGGUCUUAUUGAUCGCGACGACCUUGACAAUGAUCCUGUUGUUUGGAUUCAACAUGAGUACUACGUCCCUUUCGCGAUUGCCACAGGUCUCCUGUUCCCAGUCGCUCUGGGAAUGAUAUGGGGCGACCCCUUGGGUUCAUUCAUCUACGCUAGUCUAGUUACAAGGAUCAUGAUAUGGCAUUGCACAUUCCUGAUCAAUUCUCUUGCCCAUUGGGAUGGUAUUCAGCCAUAUUCCGACGAGAACACAUCUAGAACCAACCUGAUUCUGGCACUCUUGACAUGUGGCGAAGGCAAUCACAAUUUUCAUGCGUUCCCACAUGACUUCCGGUCUGGACCUGAUAUGUCCGAUUGGGAUCCUACCAAAUGGAUCAUUCUUGCUCUUCACAAGUUCGGACUUGUAACUGGACUACGCACAGCUCGUGAUGCGGAUGUCAUGGACGCUAUUGUGUAUAUGCAUUCCAAGGGACAGCAUCUCCCGCCGCCGAAGUAUGAUGUGUAUAGCAGCGAUGAUCAAGAAAGCAUUCGGUCAUUGUAUGAGAACUGGGAUGAGGCGAAGUUGCAUGAGUAUGUGCAAGCGAAGAAGGGAAGGUGUGUUAUUGUGGUGAAGGGCUAUAUCGUGGACGUUACUGGAUACUUGGGCGAGCAUCCCGGCGGUGCAGCCAUACUUCGGAAAUACUCGGUCAAGCCCCAGGCAAAGACUGAAGCUGGUGAACCUGACGAGACGUGGAAGAAAGCGACAUGGGCCUUCGAAGGAGGGCUUAACAAACACACUAGAGCUGCGAAGAGGCACAUGCGCGAAUUGGUUGUGGCUAGGUUGCAUUCCAACUAGACGGGACUCUCUGCACUAUAUCGGAUCACGAAAUGCAUGAAAUUAUGUUAAAGAACGAUUGGUAUCACUAUGGGCUUUCAAACUGGCUUUUCUUGUUGUAGAAUUCAUUGUACAUACAACCUUUGCAAUAGUAGCUGUAAAUAUUCAAGCUGUACAACG